AAUAAAGUGCAGGAUGCAUUAAAUUGAUAUUAAAGUGACAGUAAGAUUUAUAAUUUAACAAAAUACUUAUAUUUCAAAUGAAUGCAAGAUGAAUAAUUAUUAAGAUAAAAUAAUGCAUAGUUCAAUUACUUAGCUGUUAUUUGCUGCCUCAUCAUGUAGGAGGGUCAGAGAAGAUGAUAAAGAGUAUUUAAGGGCCUCUCACUGUUAAAGUUACAAACUACCGACUAAGUUUUCUGAAACAGGCAAGAUGGAUUUAUCAUCACAAGAAUAUGAUCCCACUGAGUUUUGUUUUCCUGCAGUGAACAACUCUUGUCUUAAAGGCACACAUCUUGUGUCCACUCAGACUGUGUUGUAUCUCAUAUUGGUGUCGGCGAUGACUUUGACCAUUCUAGGAAAUUCUGUGGUCAUCAUCUCCAUAGCGCACUUCAAACAGCUCCAGACUCCCACUAACAUCCUGGUGAUGUCUCUGGCUCUCGCGGAUCUUCUGCUUGGACUGGUGGUCAUGCCUUUCAGUAUGAUCCGUUCUGUCGAUGGCUGCUGGUACUAUGGAGAUGCCUUCUGUUUGCUCCACUCCACUUUUGACUUAUUUCUUACAUCUGUGUCUAUUUUUCAUCUCAUUUUUAUUGCUAUUGAUCGACAUCAGGCUGUGUGUUAUCCGCUUCAGUACCCUACAAGAAUAACCAUACCUGUUGCAUGGGUCAUGGUGCUGAUAAGUUGGUGCAUGGCUGCGUUAUAUUCGUAUGGUUUAGUGUACUCAAAAUCUAAUGUGGAAGGACUGGAGGAAUUUAUUGAAUCCAUAUACUGUAUGGGAAGUUGCACUCUGCUUUUCAAUGCAUUGUGGGGGGCUUUAGACACACUAAUAGGUUUUUUUUUGCCCUGUUCUGUCAUGGUUGGACUGUAUGCAAGAAUUUUUGUGGUUGCAAAAAAACAUGCUAGAAAACUUGAUGAUGCAAACCAGCAUGAAAAUGAGAAUGUGUUUAAAAGCUCUCGACGAUCUGAGCGCAAAGCAGCAAAAACUCUUGGUGUGGUCGUGGGUGCCUUUAUUAUUUGCUGGCUGCCUUUUUUUAUUAACUCUAUGAUUGAUCCCUACAUCAGCUUUUCCACCCCAGUUGCUCUUUUUGAAGUGUUUGUCUGGUUAGGUUACAUUAACUCAACCAUAAACCCCAUCAUAUAUGGCCUUUUCUACCCAUGGUUUAGAAAAACCCUUUCUCUUAUUUUAACAAUGAGAAUAUUUGAACCAAACUCAUCAGAUAUCAGUGUUUUCACUGUUUGAUUGCAAUUCUGAAUUCACCAUGCAGCACACUGAUGCUUCCUUUUGCAGAUCACAUAAAGAAUGGAUGAUAUUAAUUACACAUUGCAUCCCGAAUUAUGAAUAACCUACUUGAAUUCUGAUUUGAUGUUAUGAACACUUUUUUAAAAAGUAGGUUUUAAUCAAAUUUCAGUUCAGAUACAAAAGUGGCAUGCAAAAGCUAAGGGCAUAUGUCUUAAGUAUAGGUUUCAGUAUUUUUUAAUCCAAGGAGAUCUACUGUAUAAAAGCCUUCCAAGCCUUCCCUUAGCGUCUUUAUUCAUCUCAAUGGCAUAUGCUCAUGAAAUACACCUUCUUGUUGCUGUUUUUUUAUUAUAUAUAUAUAUAUAUAUAUAUAUAUAUAUAUACACACAAUAUACUUUAAGAGGGUGGUUUAUGAAUUGGGCCCAAAGACAUCUUUAAUGGUCUGGGCAAGAACAUAAAGCUCUUUUGCCUUCUUGUGCAGUUCACCAGUGAUGUCUAUUAAAAAUGAGGUAAUAUGUUAUGGUCCGUGGUGCUGCUUUUGAUUCAUAUGAUUUAUUUGUCUUUUGGGGAUGCCACUAAACAGAUCAGUACCAUAAUUAAUUCUACUAUUAACAAAUGGAUGGAUUUUCAGCUUUGCCAUGGGAUAAAAUGGCAUAGCUUUCAUUUAUUAUUUACACUAUUUAAUUUAAGUUAUUGUUGUUAACUACAAUAGCCAGCAGGGCAGCAAGGGGUGCUCAUCCUGUGGUCUGUGUGGGUCCUAUACUGUAACAAGCACCAUCCUUUGGAUGAGAAGUUAAACCGAGGUCCUGACUCUCUGUCGUCAUUAAAAAUCCCUUGGCACUUCUUGUAAAGAGUAGGGGUAUAACCCCAGUGUCCUGGCCAACUUCCCUCCAUUAGCCUUUACCAAUCAUGGCCUCCUAUUAAUUUCCAUCCUUUGAAUUUGCUUUAUCACUCUCUCUCUCUUGUCUCUACCUAUAGCUGGUGUGUGGUGAGCACACUGGCACCAUUGUACUGUGGCUGCUGUCACAUCAUCCAAGUGGAUGCUGCACACUGGUGGUUGAGGAGAGACCCCUGAUAUGAAUGUAAAGCGCUUUGGGAUACAGUAGUACAUAAGAAAAGCGCUGUAUAAAUUCCUCAUUCAUUCAUUCAUACUGAUGAUGUGUUUACUGGCACAAGGGCGGGACAACCUGUCACUCACAUUUGAUCCACCAAUAGAAAACCUCAACCAUCCAAUCAAUUCCUGAUUGACAAAUCAAGUCCCGCCAAACAUUUUUUCUUGUUUGAAAUAAAGAAGAAAAGACUAUUGCAACUUCCAUUUCAUGCAGACUUAUGUGAAAAU